AUGGUCAAAUUCUCUAAAGGGAUGUGGUGUCUGGCACCGGACACCGUUGCUGACUGGGCGACAGAGGCUGUCAAAGCAGAAGCCAAGGAAGAUAGCAUUCGCUGCGUGGCGUCAACCAGGCGUAUAAACCACAGAGGAGAUACACUAAAUAACCCCACAAUCACUCUGGAAUGUUCUUCGCCCGCCCCUGAUGUUCUACUCCUCAAAGGGUACCACUGGAAGGAGCAGGUCGGCUCCAAUGCUGGCCCAGAAUACGAGCUAUUCCCAGACAUCGACAUCAAUGAACUGGUAACGAAUAUCACGGUCUCAGCGACAAUCAAUAUCGAUCCCUCCUCUUUUGGAAUUGAUUUCCAUGGCUCGAACCGAUUACUGACGAAGCUCGGUUGGCGUUCCACUGGAUACGUGAAGAUCAACUCUACUCUAGGUCACGCGAACGCUGCUAUGGUCGACCCAGAUAGAGGUGAAAGAUGGUUCACUUAUCAAUUCCAGUUGUCCGUAGGAGAGAAAAUAUAUGGCCUCGGUGAGAGGUUUGGGCCGUUCAUCAAGAAUGGACAGACGGUAGAAAUGUGGAAUGAAGACGGAGGCACAUCUUCCGAACUUACUUACAAGAAUAUCCCUUUCUAUCUCAGCUCGAGAGGCUACGAGAUUUUCAUCCCCCACUCUGGUUUCGUUAGUUUCGAAGUUCAAAGCGAACGUACAACGCGUGUCAAUAUAUCCGUACGCUCGGAAUCCCUUUCAGCCUACAUCAUCCACGGCCCUUCUCCCUCCGAUAUCAUCUCCCGCUACACCCUCCUCACUGGUCGCCCCGCUCUCCCGCCACCUUGGACGUUCUCCCUCUUCCUCACCACCUCGUUCACUACCGACUACGACGAGAAAACUGUGAAUCACUUCUUAGAAGGAAUGGAGGAACGAGAUAUCCCGGUCGGGGUAUUCCACUUUGAUUGCUUCUGGAUGAAGGGAUUUCAGUGGUGUGACUUCGAGUUUGAUGAAGAGUUCUUUCCUGACGCGGGGGUGCAGCUGAAGAGGAUGAAGGACAAGGGAUAUAAGAUUUGUGUCUGGAUCAACCCGUAUAUUGCCCAAGAAAGCAAACUUUUCGACGAGGGUGCGCGGAACGGCUACUUCAUCAAGAAGACAGACGGCAGUGUGUGGCAAUGGGAUUGGUGGCAAGCCGGCAUGGGAUUUGUCGACUUCACCAACCCCGCGGCCUGUGAAUGGUACCAAUCCAAGCUCAAAGCUCUCAUCGACCUCGGAGUCGAUUGUUUCAAAACCGACUUUGGCGAGCGCAUCCCAACAGGCGACGUUGUCUACCACGAUACUUCAGUGAACGCAGAAAAGAUGCACAACUACUAUGCUCAUUUGUACAACAAGGCAGUGUUCGGUGUGUUGGAGAAGCAGCUGGGGAAGAAUCAAGCUAUCGUGUUUGCUCGGUCGGCUACUGCUGGUGGGCAGAGGUUCCCUGUCCAUUGGGGUGGAGACCCGAUGAGCACGUUCGAGGCGAUGGCUGAGACACUGCGCGGAGGACUGAGUUUGGGCGUAUGCGGGUUCGGGUAUUGGGCUCAUGAUAUCGGUGGAUUCGAGGGCAAACCAGAUCCAGCACUUUACAAACGUUGGUUCGCAUUCGGAGCCCUCUCGAGUCAUUCACGUCUGCAUGGAAGUGGAAGCUACCGGGUCCCAUGGCUCAUCGAUACAUCAGGCGAAGCCGACAAAGUUCUUUCCAAGUUCAUCAACCUCAAACUCUCUUUGAUGCCCUACAUCUACGCCACCGCCCUUGCCACCCACCGAACCGGCAUUCCAAUGAUGCGACCCAUGUUCGUCGAGUUCCCCGACGACCCUGUGUCUUGGUAUCUCGAUACCCAAUACAUGUUGGGCAAGAACCUCCUGGUCGCACCUGUCUUCACGGAGGACGGGUCGGUGCAGUAUUACGUUCCCGAAGGGAAGUGGUACGGUUUGGUAGAUGGUAAGAUCAGAGUCGGCCCAGGCUACGUCGAAGAGGUUCACGAUUUUAUGAGCAUUCCGUUGCUCUUGAGACCCGGCACUGCAGUCGUGUUUGGACAACACGAUAUCGAGGGAAAGAGGAAACUGUCGACCUACGAUUACUCCAAAGACAUAAGCGUACUGGUCAAUGGUCUGGUCAAGGACGGUGAAAUAAUGGACUUCGAGAUAGUUAUUCCCGACGCUGAUGAUCCUGGAGAUGUCAAGGGGACUUUGAAAGUAGAGGGGACGAACAAGGAAGUGAAGGUUACAGGGACGAUACCUGGACCAUGGAAUGUGAAGGUUGUUCAAGAGGAUGGGUCGCUGAAGGAAUUGCAUUAG